AUGGAGCAGGAGAAGUACCUGCCCGAGCUGAUGGCAGAGAAGGACAGCCUGGAUCCCUCCUUUGUUCACGCGAUGCGCCUCCUGGCCGACGAAAUUGAAAAAUUUCAGGGUUCUGAAGGCAAGAAGGAAGAUGAAGAAAAGAAAUAUCUUGAUGUUAUCAGCAACAAAAACAUAAAGCUGUCCGAAAGAGUUCUGAUCCCUGUCAAACAAUAUCCAAAGUUCAAUUUUGUUGGGAAAUUGCUUGGACCAAGAGGAAACUCCUUGAAGAGGUUACAAGAAGAAACAGGUGCAAAAAUGUCCAUCCUGGGGAAAGGAUCCAUGAGGGAUAAAGCUAAGGAGGAAGAACUAAGGAAAAGUGGAGAAGCUAAAUACGCGCACUUGAGUGAUGAGCUUCACGUAUUAAUUGAAGUGUUUGCUCCACCUGGGGAGGCAUAUUCUCGUAUGAGUCAUGCCUUGGAAGAAAUAAAAAAAUUCCUCGUUCCUGAUUAUAAUGAUGAAAUUCGCCAGGAGCAGCUGAGAGAACUGUCGUAUUUGAAUGGUUCUGAGGAUUCAGCACGUGGACGGGGCAUUCGAGGAAGAGGGAUCCGUGUGCCACCUGCAGCUCCUUCAAGGGGACGUGGGGGUGCGAUUCCUCCGCCCCCACCUGGACGAGGUGCCCAAGCACCCAGAGGAGCGCCGGUGACCCGUGGAGCCCUCCCCGUCCCACCAGUGGCGAGGGGUGUGCCCACUCCUCGAGCAAGGGGCGCCCCAGCUGUCCCAGGCUACAGACCACCCCCACCACCUGCACACGAGGCCUAUGAAGAAUACGUAAUAAUUCCUCUGUCUCUAUUUUUUCAAACAAUUUUGAAAACUUAUCAAGGAUAUGAUGAUGGAUAUGGGGGUGAAUAUGAUGAUCCAAGCUAUGAGGCAUAUGAUAACAGUUAUGCCACCCAAACACAAAGUGUGCCUGAAUAUUAUGACUACGGUCACGGAACAAGUGAAGAGGCUUAUGACAGCUACGCACAAGAAGAAUGGGCCACAACCCGUUCCAGCCUAAAGGCACCACCUCCAAGGUCAGCCAGAGGGGGUUACAGGGAACACCCCUAUGGUAGAUAUUGA